AAUGCAUCCCCGUCCACCAGUUGCAUCCUCUGUUUUGGGAAAAAAGGGGAUCGAGACCAGGGGAAAAAAUAGAGUCUGGGUGGGCGGCGGCGGCGGUGAAGCUCUCCGAUUUGCGGCGGCGCGGGCAUGGCUAUGGAUUUCCCCGUCUCGCCGGUUGACAAGCUGCCAAUCUUCACCAACGAGGCGGCAAGCGCUGCGGCGCUAAUGGAGUUGAUUGGUCCCUGGGGGCGCGGAGACGAUGUAUCGGCCAAUGGAUCCAGGGGGGCUGUGGGCGGUGGAUUUGGUCAAGGGUCAUAUGGGCAGAUGUUGAAUGGUGCGGCGUGCAGCGAGGAGAGAACUGUAGCUGGUGGUGGCGCCGCCAUGUCCGGGUUCAGCGAGAGCGAGGGUGACAAUGGAGAAGCUCUUGACGAGGCGGAGGGGGAAGCACACUUUGAUGGAGACCAAGAGGCUGUGAUUCAGGAUCAAACUGAUAGUGCUGAUGGAUGUUCUGCUCAAUCUACAGGCAAGGUGGAUCCGCAAGCACCUGGCUGGACAAAAAGAGUAAGAGUCGGCAAUCAACCGCCAGACAGGGCUCCAUGCCCGGAAAGGGUAGGCGCUGAUGCAGUUUCCUCAUAGUCCACGGGCAAGAUGGAUCCGCAAGCGCGAGGGUGGACUAAAAGCUAUUGAGCCCUUGACAUACACCCUAGCUCCAAAACUUGAAGUGCUAGUGCUAGUAGGAAAUGAAAUUGAAGGUUUUUUGAGAUUCAGGUACUCGUGAGUUGAUUGCUUAAACUUGAGCUGUGUGGAGUGUUGAGAAUAGCCACUUGUAUUAUUUAGGAGGCCAAAGCCAACCAUAUAUAUACAUA